AUGACUUUUGGCGCAGGCGGUCAUUGCAAAAAAUUGCUUGACAGCUGUAAAGAUAUAAAAGUUUAUGCCUUAGAUCGUGACCCGGUGGCUUAUAAAUUAGCUCAACAAAUGAGCAAAGAGUAUGAAGGACGUUUGACCCCUUUACUUGGAAGAUUUUCGGACAUGCCUCAUCUUCUGAAAGAACAGCACGUGAUACGUCGCAGCGUGGAUGGUAUACUUUUCGAUUUCGGAUGUUCAUCUAUGCAAUUCGAUGAACCUGAACGUGGUUUUUCAGUUUCGAAAAACGGUCCUUUGGAUAUGCGUAUGGAUUGUGCUCCAGGCAUGAAUAAUGAUCAAGUGACGGCAGCUGAUGUCUUGGCUCGUGCUGAUGAACUAGAUCUGGUGAAAAUCCUACGCAUAUAUGGCGAAGAAAAAGCUGCUAAGAAGAUAGCUCGCGCCAUUGUUGACACACGCUCGGCUCUACAUCCUAUAGAAACUACUAAACAAUUAGCCGACUUGGUAGCCAAUUGCCUGCAUGAAACUCCUUUUCGUUUAGAUAAAUUACAGCGACCCACACAUGUGGCCACUAAAACGUUUCAAGCUUUACGUAUUUUCGUUAACAAUGAGUUAAAUGAAGUUAACUACGGCAUGGUCCUGGCAAAUGAUUAUCUACGUCCGCAAGGUCGAUUAGUAGCUCUCACUUUCCAUUCGCUGGAAGAUACCAUAGUUAAACGUCAUCUUUACGGAAAUGUCAUUGACGGCUUAGCUAAUCCAGUACCUUUAAAGUAUUGCGGGUAUGAUGUCGUCCACGAUGAGGGGAUAAUGCAAUCAAUUAAUUCGAGUAAUUGGAAACAACUACAUAGACAUGUUAUUUUACCAGGCGAAGAAGAGAUAAAGCACAAUAGUCGCAGUCGUUCGGCAAAACUUAGAGCCGCGGUUAAACUUAAGUAA